AUGCGGAUUGUGCUGGAGGAGCGCGACCUAUGGGAGGUCACGAGUGGAGAAAUCAAGCUUGAGCAGCUGAGUAUCGCGCUGGACCAGUCAACUUUCAAGCGCAAGGCUCGAAAGGCGCUGGCUAUUAUCUGUCUCGCGAUGGAGGACUCGCAGCUGCCGCUGGUUCGCUCGGCCAAGGACGCGUAUGAUGCAUGGUCGCGGCUGGAAGGCCAUUUCGAGAAGAAGAGCUUGGCAAAUAAGCUCUUUCUUCGUCGUCGUUUCUUCACAGCCAAAAUGGAUGAAGGUGAUGAUGUGCUCACGCACAUCAACAAGAUGAAAACUUUGGCGGAGCAGCUCGAUGUAGUGGGCGCUCCCGUAACUGAAGAUGACUUGGUUAUCACGCUUCUUGGAAGUCUCACGGACGACGCAAAGGCCGUACUGCUUCAGCGAAAGCAUCAAGUACUUGUCAUUACUGUGGUGAGCUUGGACAUUGGGUUGCAAAAUGUCCAGCUCGCAUCCGUGAAAACACAGAGCGUCAAAGAUCGCAGCGUGCAAAUGUUGCCCAGAGCGAGGACUACUCGGGUGAUUAUCUUUUUUUCGGUUGGUGGAAAUAAGUGUGUUCCAAAAUCAAGCUGUGUAUGGCUGGUCGAUUCGGGUGCAACGCAGCAUAUGACGUACUCGAAAGAGUACAUGAAGAAUUACAAGGUUAUGACUCCUGUCGACGUACAUCUUGCGAAUGAUGGCAUCGUUCAGGCAGUUGGCUCGGGUGAUAUCGUCAUGACAAUGGAUACGCCAUGUGGAAUGAAGAAAGGUGUGCUGACUUUAGUGUGGCACAUCCCGAACCUUUCUCGGAAUCUAUUCUCCGUUGGACGUUUUACAAAAGAUGUGGGUCCGGUCACUUUUGAGCGUGAUGGUUGCUUUGCUGAAGCAAAAGGUCUACGCUGGAAGAUUGGUGCGCGUGAAGGAAAAGGGUUGUUUAAGUU